UCUUAUAAUAACAAGUGUAUCUAAAUGUAAAUAGACAAAUCAUCCACCAAAAUUCAAUAAAUACAUAAAAUUUUAAACCUGCCCAUGGCAUAUUUUGUCAAUAACUCAAUUCAUACAAACCGGCAGCAUAACUUCUUCACACUAAUUACUUAGAUAAGUAAUUUAGCGAUGUUCGAACACAAAAGAAGACCUUCAAGUUAUUGAAAAGUUUCUAUUUACUCAUGAUCGCAAUAACCUCUAUAAAUUCCAUCAAUUUUUUAUUUCAAAUAUUUAAAAUAUUAGCAGAAUUUCAAUUAUGGGAAAUUAUGUGGGAAAUUUAAUAAUAUGUGCCCUUGUGUUUUUAUCAAUAGGAGUAAUUUAUGGUACGACACAAAUAGUAAAAUCAUUAACUGAAAAUCAAAGUGAAUUUUUUGAUGCUGGUUCGUAUAAUUGGAUCAUAAGAUUGAGUCUCAAUUUACUAGGAUAUGCAACUAUUUUAUUACCUGGAUAUUUAAUUUAUAAGUAUGUUAAACACAGCAAGUACCUGCAGCGAACUGGAACUGGGAUUAUAUCAAAAUUAAUACAUAAAUGUAUAUCAGGAAGUGGGGAAUCCGGUCUGCUUGAUACAUCUGAUUACAUUCCAGCAGCAAAACCUCAACAAGAUCAUGUUAUUAAAAAUGAAACAUUUUUACUAGCGUACUGUUUUUUCGGCCUGCAAGCAAGUUAUUUGACAUGGGGAUAUUUUCAAGAAAAAAUAAUGACUCAAGAAUAUGUGAGUAGGGAUGGGGAGAAGGGACAUUUUAAAGAUUCACAAUUUCUAGUAUUUGUAAAUAGAAUCCUCGCAUUUACAGUAUCAGGCAUAUAUUUAUUUAUAAUAAAACAGCCGCGUCACAUAACGCCACUGUACAAAUAUUCAUAUUGUUCUUUAUCCAACAUACUGAGUAGUUGGUGCCAAUAUGAAGCACUAAAAUUUGUUAGUUUUCCAACUCAGGUAUUAGCCAAAGCAUCUAAAAUAAUUCCUGUAAUGAUAAUGGGUAAAUUAGUAUCGCGUAAAUCGUACGAGUAUUAUGAAUACGUAACUGCUGCUCUGAUAUCUGUCGGUAUGACAUUGUUUAUGUUAGGAAGUGCUGAUGAUGUUAAUGAUAAAGUAACAACGAUGUCAGGUGUUAUUUUACUUGCCGGUUACAUGGCGCUCGAUAGUUUCACGAGUAAUUGGCAAGAAGCUUUGUCUAAAGAAUAUGGACCGACGAGUAUUCAGAUGAUGUGUGGGGUCAAUUUAUUUUCUUGUUUACUGACAGCGACUUCAUUGUUACAACAAUCGGGAUUUACUAAUUCUGUUUGUUUUCUUGUCAAGUUUCCUACUUUUCUAAUUGACUGUUUGCUCAUAUCAAUAUGCUCAGCAACUGGACAAUUAUUUUUAUUCUACACAAUUAAAAAAUUUGGAGCUGUUACAUUUUCAAUAAUUAUGACAAUACGUCAGGGAUUAGCAAUACUGCUGUCAUGUUUCAUAUACGACCACCAAAUAACAAUAUACGGAGUGAUUGGAAUAUUUAUUGUAUUUGGUUCAAUAUUUUUACGUAAUUACUGUCGCAACAGAGUACGCGCGUUAAAGAAACACCGAACUGAAAAUAUAAAUAUAAAAGAUUAAUUAUUAAUAUUAAUUAUUAUUUUUUAUCAUCGGUAUAGUAAAUUAUUUUAAAUCGACUAACACUUCGAAACAGAUUUAUAUAUAUACAUAUAUUAACAUAUAUAUUUUUAUAAUUUUAUCAAGCAUGUGCUUUAUACAGCAACUGUAAUUAAUCAUAUAUAU